AUGGCGGGGAUAAGUAACGCUGUGUUGGUUCAAAGCAUUCGAAAAAUACUCAAAGGCGCGGACUUGUCUUCACUCUCAGCAAAAAAAGUUCGAAGAAAACUCGAAGAAAAAUUCGGGGCUGAUUUGACAGAUCGAAAAAAAGAAAUCGAUAAGAUUUUGAUGAAAUUAAUUAGUGAAGAAGAUGAAGAACAAAGUGAAGCUGAAAGUGAAGAACAGCAGGAAGACAGAGGAUCAUUUGAAAAUGAUGAUGAUGAUGAUGAUGAUGACAAUGAUGAUGACAAUGAUGAUGACCGUAAAGACUGCUCUAAACAGAACUCUGCCAGUAAUGGUCUAAGUGAUCAGUCAAUGGAUGAAGACGAAGAUCAAGAAGAGGAGGAAGAGGAAGGACAAUCAAAUCAGUCACAAUCAGAUGACAGCCAUAGCAAGAAAGAAAAACAUGGCAAGUCUCAUCACAGUGACAAAAAAAAUGACUCUGAAUUGAAUGAUGAACAACUUGCUAAGAAACUUCAAGAGGAGGAAAAUAAUUUCCGGUCUCGACCUAGAUCUGUGAAAAGAGUUCCAGCUCCUCCAAAAAAGGAAAGGAAGACAAAGGAGGGCAAAGCUCGAGUAUCCAUUUACAGCAAGCCAUGUAUAUUAUCAGGGGAGCUUGCAUCUGUUAUGGGAACAGACAGAAUGGCAAGAAAAGACGUUGUUAAAAGAAUGUGGGAAAUUGUCCGAGAAAGGAAAUUAGAGGAUCCCAAAAAUAAACAAUUCAUGCUUUGUGAUGAACAAUUACAGAGGGUGUUUGGUCGAAAACGGGUGCGGACAUUUGGCAUGAUGAAACACCUGAAAAGUCACAUUAAGGAUGCUGUUGACUAA